UUCCUAUCUUGAUACAGUCUUUUGCCCCCUCCCACCAGUUGUGCGCACAUUACAGACAACCACCAUGACGGCCUCUCCUAAUCCAAUUCCUGCCUAUCUCUUCGGCGUUCUGAGUCUCGCUCUCGGCAUCAACGCGAUAAUUCGUCCAGCAGCAGAAUACCCGCGCUUUGGACUGCCAUUCGAAACAGCACAAUCGGAUGCGUCUCACAGCGAUGCCUCCGUCUCCCCGCUUAUGUAUCUGAAGGGCACCCGGGAGCUGAGCUAUGGUCUGCUGGUUAUAGUACUACAAUAUCAAGGCCAGCAUAGCGCGAUCACAACACUUGCCGUAGUUAUGGCUUCGGUGGCGCUGGCAGACGGAUUUGUGGUCUGGUUUUGCGGGGGACGCGAGCGGAGACAGAAGGCUUGCGGACAUUGGGGCACAUUUGUUGGGUUAGGCGCGUGGGCUUGGUAUCGAGGUUCAGCGUAAUGACUGAUGUGGAGGUAUGGUUUAGAAGAAGGCGUGUCCGAGAAGAUGGUGCUGUUCAGUUGACUAGGCUCGUCUACAAGCUGUCACGGCAGAGGAGUUGGCUGGGAUCAUCGUCGAUGAGUUUUUUUUUUGGCUGUGCCCCCAAUCAUAAAAAAGCCUGUUUUGCAUUGAUAAGAC